CCCGCUUGGAUUAUAGUACUCUCCCUUACCCGACCUUAUCCUUCACUCUCACUUGCAACUCGACACACCGAUACCCUCUCAACGUUCUCAACCGCAACUAGCAAUCAUGCCUUUCACUCCUGACAACGAGCUGGACCUCCUCUUCCCUUCCGAAUACAUUCCAGCUGGCGUGAAGGAGCAACUCCAUCCUGAUCUUCACAUCCGCCCGCUCGCAUCCACCGACUACAAGCGCGGACACCUCUCGGUGCUCUCAGUGUUGACCGUGGUCACCGACCCGGGCGAGGGCGCUUGGGUCGCGCAGUUCAACGCGCUCAAGGCUGCGCUGCACACGUACUACUCGAUAGUUAUCAUCGACAAGCUCACCGACCGGAUCGUCGCCGUUGGCACCGUCUUCAUCGAGCGCAAGUUCCUGCGCGGCCUCGGGAGCGUGGGCCACAUCGAGGACAUCGCUGUCGACGAGCGCCAGCAGGGCAAGAAGCUCGGUCUGCGCAUCAUCCAGGCGUUGACCCGCGUCAGCGAGAACAGCGGUUGCUACAAGACCAUCUUGAACUGCAACGACAAGAACAUACCUUUCUACGAGAAAUGCGGCUAUCAGAAGAAGGAGAACGAGAUGGCCAAGUACGCUCCGGAGUGUUCGAACACCCCAAGACUAUAGACACAUAUCUCAUACAAGCACUACAAUAAUUCCCGGACUCCUAUACUUACCCUAUACGCAUCGUGGCGGACAAUUUCUUGUAGACUACAUUAUUACGACCAUACUGGCUCAUUUAUGUUAAUUCAGGUGCGGGUUGGAUACCCUGCAAUCGAUGACCCUUUCAAACGUGCUCUGCCGAUAAAGGGAACGACCUGCUCGCUGCUCAAAGAUCGUCUGCGUGUCGCGACUCCGCCGGCACCUCGCCGAUCCGCGCAUUGCACGUUCGUCGCGCAUCGCGAUAUGAUGAGACAAUACAGGGGAGGGCACAAUAUUUAAAAUAGUAUUAAGGUCAGACUUGGUACUGGUACACGAUGUCUCUAUGCCUCUACGCAACCCUGGGUUUGCUAUAUUACAAGGGUAUACAUCUCCGUGCUUUGUCAUUCCGCGAUCUCAGACUUGUAGAUGAACAGGUGGCAGCGACCCUGGCAAGACUACGAACACCGGACUCGAUGGCGACAGGAACGACUCGUUUACGGAGCGCGGGCUCGACGCGAGGAGCGGCGACGGCGAAUGUGGGCUCCUCGGCGAGAGCAUCGACGGCACGCGCGAGCUGGGGGGCUCCGAGUGGAACGGGUCGUCGUCCUGCUCGACGACGAAGCCGAAGCCGGUCUUGCUCGGUGUCGGGGGUCGGUACAUUAGCGUUAUGUGCGGCCCCCACCCCGGCGCGAAGACGUCGCGCACGCUGCCUGUCCAGACGUGUGCGGGCCUGUCCGACGAGCGGCGCAAGCGGGCGGUUUUGAUGUAUAAUACUAUUGUGUAUAUGAGGAGAAUUGCGAAGGAUAGAAGGGCAAACACGCGUGAGAUCUCGACCUGUGGCUCGCAGUCCGGGAGGCCACAGGAAGCUCGCGUCAUGCGUGGGAGCGAAAUGGCAGCAGCCAGCCACGCUGCCGACAGUGCACCAAGCCAGAUGAUUUCACUAACAAUGAAAGAAAGGAAGGUAAUUUUUCGCCGGAGCAUGUCAAUGAGAACCAUUGUGGAAAUUGUCAGUACCGAAAGAGCAGCGACCACGACAGUCAGCAGCACGCGCGGUUCAGCCGGCCUCUCCGUCGACAGAUGCGCGAGGACGCCAAGAGUAACGGACGAGAAGAAGAUAACCAAAAAAAGAGCGACGAGUCUGCAGACCUGCAACGGGCUCAUUCGUGCCAUGUCGAGAAUGUCGAGGCAAAGGGUUGCAGGUCAGUUAAGUUAAGUUCUCAAAACGAAAGAAAAAACGCAAAGCCAGCAAGAGGCGGGGAGAACGAACGAGAGAGAGCGCAUCUCCCGCAUCAUGGGCAUGCGUCCCGUACAUAACGCAUCCUCUUGACAUCGGG